AUGGCGUCCUUGAAUGUCAGCUGGUUCGGCGACAACUGGUUUCCGAAGCCCUCCAGGCACAGCAAUGUCUCUAAGUUUGCCUUCAUCGGAGGAAGGAACCUCUUCUUCCAGAAGUCCAAGGAGCCUAAGGGGGCGAGUCUCUCUGCCUCGUCCACGGAGGAGGAGGCCCCUGGUAAGUACUCGCAGAUGCUGGAUCAGUUCUUCUGGGAGUGCGAGGCGCGACCCGACUUCCGCCGCGCGCCGCAGGUCGAGAAGAUCCUCGCGGAGGAUCCCUUUUUCGAGAAGAAGGAGAAUCCGACACCUGAGGAGAUCGAGGAGAACAAAAAAUGGUGGGAGGCGUUCCGGCAGAGCCCCGUGGUUCAGUUCCUGAUGCGCGCGGAGGAGAUUGCUGAUACGAUCAACGAUAUGGAGCUCAAGGAGAACGAGCAUCCUUUCCGGAGGGAGGACCGGGAUCUAUGGAAGAAGCUCCCCCACGUUCAGGGCCCUGACGGUCGUCCUAUGCCGAGGAAGGCGAUCAAGACAAAGAAGGAGGCGUCCGACAAGUUUUGGGACUUCGCGAGGCAAUUCUUCUUCGGAUUAUGGGGCUUCAGGCAGAGGCCUUACCCUCCCGGCCGCCCCAUUGAUGUGGCACAGGCCAUCGGAUACAAAAAGCUGGAGAGACGCUACUAUGACUGUGAGUUUCUCUACGCUCUUUCUUAGUUCAUGUUAGGAUUACAGGUUGCCACCAAAGUUCUCUCAACAUGAAAACAAGGCUGCUAGGAACAAAGUCAACUUACUGUUGAUCCUCAGAGGGAGUGUCAACCAAAGGAAUACCAUACCGUCUGAAAUCAGCUGGAAUUCUCCAGCAGAAACGUUUUGUGUACAUUAACUGAUUUUUUAAACUCUCUUUUUGGGCUUUUGACCUGUUGGAUGUGGAGGGGAGGGGGGGAACCCAUUUGGUUUGAAGGCAUGUGAAGAUAUCUCAGUAGUUUCUCGCCCAUACAAUUUUGGAUUCAUGUGAUUCUUGCCUCUGUUUUCUUUGAUUUGUCUUGCAUUUCUUCUUCCACCCUUCUUUCUUUUCCUUCAUUUGAGUCAGCAAAUGCUGUUCGUUUACAGUUUUUCGGGAAAGAAAAACCAGUCGACUGAUUCGGCGAUUCUUUUGUCAUAACUACGGACAAAAAAUAAGAAUCGACUGAUUUUGACUGAUUCGACUGAUUCUCACAGGCAUUUAUGAAAUCAUAACUAUGUACAAAAAAAAUCUCUCAGUGAUCCUUCGAAAUUAUUGUGAGGUGGGUAGUUCUUGAAGUAUGAAUUUAAUUCAACGGCCUGCCAUUUGGGCCCUGGAUCUCCCACUGUGUCUCAACUGGAUACUUCCAUGAGGAUCCAUCCUUGUUUUUUCCUCUUGAUCCAAGAAGCUGAAGAUAGACACAGAAAGUCAUCUCCCAAAACAUCAGAUUAAACAAGAAUGAGUUUCGGAGAUGGAAGUUUUGCUGCUAAAUCCAGGGAUCCUGGUUUUCCCUUGAUCCAAACAAGGUAAGGAUAUAAAGCUUAUUAAUUUUUUCCCACUAAACCUCGAAGUAAACGAGGAUUAGUCUUGGAACUGGAUGUUUUCAUCUCUAUGCGUGGUUUCAGACAAUCUGAGUAAUGCAAGACAUACUUUUAUUGAGUGACCUACAAUGUUAUUGAAACUGGGCGGUGCUUAUUUUUCUCCUCCACCAAUCAUUUAUCUUUGAAAAAUUAGGACCAAACCUGACAUCAUCCAUUCCCUUCUUUCCUUUUUUUCUUUAAAGCUGAUAUUUUUCAUACAUACAUAUAUUGAUUUCUUCAUGAAUCUUGGUUCUUUUUUUUUUUUUUUACUAUUUUAGGCUAAGUUUUUUAGAUGGGUUUGUUUCUGUAAUCGAGACGAAUCUGUUUUGUGCAGUCAUCAUGAGGAGUGGUGGGUGGUACUACAAGGAUCGAUUAGGUCGGACCAGGGGACCGUUGGAGCUCAUAACACUUAAAACUGCCUGGUCAGCUGGGAUAAUCGACACCCACACUUUCAUAUGGGGGGAAGACAUGGACGAAUGGGCACCCAUUGGCAUGGUGUAUGGUCUGGAGAAGGCGAUUGCUACAUGGGAAGGUCUGUAAAUUCUUUUUUUUUUUAAACAUAAUUUUUUGUGGCUGUGAUUCGGAGUGGAUAUUUUUCCGCAUUUAUAAUUCCAUAUGAUUAUUGAUAUUAUUAUUACCACUCAUCGAAUGGAAAUGUAUAAAGCUUAGGCGGUUUUCAGUUUAUCAGCUGUGGAGAACAACAGGGCGCCACCCACAUUCAAGCACCCUGUUGAUUUAGUUGUUGAUCAAAGGCAUUAAAAAGAAAAUAGUGGGAAUUAUUUAUUUGUUUGGAAUUUAUUUUCUUAGAUUGGAUUUCUUUCAUAUGGGUUCAUCGCUCUCAUCAUCCAGUGCAGGGGAUGUUGAUCUUUUGACUGCUGACCAACCGGCGUCGAAGUUUCUAGACUUCCCAUAUAUUCUCUCAAAUUGAUUUCUUCCAGUUUGGUUUCGUUGCCCUCAUCAUCACCCAAUGCAUGCAUGCAAAUCUUCCAAAGUUCCUCUAGUCUCCCCGCAUUAACUUUUUGUGCUGUUCUGUGAACAUCAGCUCGUUCAAGAAAUAUAUUUAUUUUCAGAAUUUUUUGUAGAUAUUAAUUCAAAUGUGCGCCCAUGAUUGGGCACGCUAGCUUUGCUUAGCAUCUACAAUAUCAUGCGAUCAUCACCCAUAUAUUAUUUUUUUUGUUAUUUAUGAAAAUUAGGCAGCUUGCAACUGGGCUCAACCCAAAGGCCUUAAGCAGAAAUUGCCGUCUAUAUAUGUGUUAUUUUUUAAAGUUUUUAGAUGAAAUCAAUUUUUCCAUACAAAUGAUUAAAUCCGACAUGAUCUUCUUCAUCUUCUUCUUCUUCUUCAGUUAGGUUAGGUGCGGCGGCCACGGCCUUCCUUCACAAACUGCAGAAGGGCAUCUCCCCGCUGACCCCCCUCAAGGGAUUCGAGAAGAAAACGUACAAGCAGCUGCAGGAAGAGGCCAUCGAGAGCAAGCGACGGGACAUGGCGGUGCUCCAAGCCAACGACGGCAUCUGGCCCGGUGUGAGGACCCCCAGCCACGCCCUCUUCCUCUGGGCCAGCGGUUCUGAACUCACAUCCGUCCUGGAAGCAGACAAUAUGCCCAACAAGUUCAUCCCCAAGGAGCUGAGGUCUGCUUCUUCUUCUUCUUCUUCUUCUUCACUGAUUUAGGUUUCUCCAAUGGAGGGUUUAAUGGCUGUGUUUUUCUUUUGUCAAGGAACCGGCUUUCGAGGAUCAUCCCCGGGCUGAGGCCAUGGGAGGUGCUCAGUGUGGAGCAGGCCAUGGACAAGAUCACCUACGGCGGCGAGUGGUAUCGGGAGCCGCUCGGUUCCUACACGACGGGCCCGCCCUACAUCCGCCAUUGGAACAAGGACGUCAAGGUGCCACCUUCUUCUCUUCUUCUUUGUCUUCGUCUUCGUCUUCUUCUUCUUCAUCUUCUUCUGUCUUCGUCUUCUUCUUCUUCUUCUUCAUCUUCUUCUGUCUUCGUCUUCUUCUUCUUCUUCUCUCUCUAAACCAUAGGAUUCUCGCUCCUCUCUGUGCGCAGCGUCUGUUCAGGACCUUCUACAAUCUGAGCUACAGGGUGUACAACAAGCUGGAGCGCUCCAUCCCCGGCUUCGACGUCGUCAUGGAGAGAGUUCGCUCUGACUCGGAGGACAGAUACACCCAGCGGAAGGACAAAAGAGACGCCCAGAAGAGGACCGAGGCCGAGGAGGCCAUCUAUGGCCGCAGAGUCUCCUCAACUCCCCCCUGA